AUGAGCUCCUGGAGCGCCGGCGAUCGGGUUUGGGCGGUGGUUGUCCGCGACAGGUUCUGUCUGCCCGGCAUUCUUGUCCUCCACCGCAGUCUGCAAAAAUACGGUUCGGUAUAUCCUUUGUUCGCCAUCCUAUCGCGAGAGACCGAAGACAGGCGCGAUGUCGAUCGAGCCCUAGCAGUUGCGGGCAUCCCGUCGGUUCAAUCCCUAGGAGCCAACCCCCACAACGCCUACAUCCAUUAUCCGGGGGAUCUGUACAAACUCGCCACGUGGGGAGUGUUGAACCAGGGAAUAUCGAUAAUAGGUCUCCUCGACAGCGACCAACGAGUCUUUGCCAACAUCGACCACCUACUGGCAGGGGAGCAGGUCGGGACCGAGGAAAUUGCCGCUAUCAACCUCCUCACUGCCCAUCCCAACACCAUCAUCCUGCGCCCUUCAACAACCAAAUUCCACCAGAUCCAAAACGCGCUACCCAUGUUUGGGAUGGCCACUCCCACGGCCAUGACAGCUAUAUUACGGUAUUACUUUCAUGGCAAGAAUCAGGGGCUAGGUGUCGAAUACGACACUUUGGAGACGGCACUCUCCACUUCUACAGGAUACAGGGUGGUCAAGUACAAUCGUGCCAGACCAUGGGUUAGGAGGGGAGGAAGACGCAUUGGUGCCUGGUGGAGGGUAUGGAGGUUGUUGGAAAGGGAGUGGACUGGGAAUAAUGCGGGAAGGGAUAAAAAGAGGUUAUGGCAGGGGUUUCUGGAACCGUUGGUAACCAGCAACGACUCGGUGUGA